UUGCGCUUGGUCUGUGUCACAGACAUUAUGCUGCACAGCAGAGGAGCAAGAGCGCGAUAUGCCAGAAAAGAAAGAGAGCGAGGUAGAUAAAGGGAGGGAGAGAGCGCUUUAAACAGACGUGGACGGCUGCCUACUGCUCAUUCCCCCAGAGCUGUAGCGCAGAUGAAGCAUCACUGCUGAGCUCACCAAAAAAAAAAAAACAGAUCUAAAGAGGAAAGAGAGGAAAAGAGAGUAAACAGAGAAAGACAGAAGCUAGUUAGAAGCUUGAACAAUUAUCAGCUGAAGGAAGUAAAUGAAUGUGCGUGUGUGUGAGAGAGAGUGUAAGAAAAGAGGAAGACCUCAGAAGAGAGGAGCGAAGUGUCAGCAGAUCUGUGGAUUUAUGCUGUCCGGUCUUUGACAUCCCUCCCUCCUUUCCUCCUCCUCUCCUCCCCCCUUCAGCAGGCGGGCUUUUUGUGGCUGACCAUGCGAGGAUCCUCUCAGUGCUGCGGGAAUCUCCUCUCCUCCUCCGGACAGUUGCGCAGCUCUAGUUCUGUGGCUCAUUGACCCAGACGCAGCCUUAACAGUUGUCUUUUUUCACGAGGGAACGUCUUGGGCAAGGAGCAAAGCAACUUUUGGACUGUGCAGACGUCUCCUUUUUCCUCGUGUUCAAUAAUUGAUGCAGUUUCUUUGCUGCUGCUUUGACCGUAUCCACAGGACGGGAUCAGGGAGGAAGGUCGGGACUGUGACCCCCGCAUGAUCCCUCGGUGUGUCCUCUCUGUUUCGUAGACUGCACCUUCUUCGUCCUCCUCAUCCAGCAUGCAGGUCUCAAUCGCUUGCACGGACCACAAUCUGAAGGGUCGAAAUGGGGACCAUGGAAAAACGAACGCCACCAGCCCCAACGUGGUGAACGCGGCACGGGCGAAGUUCCGCACUGUCGCGAUCAUCGCCCGGAGCUUUGGCUCUUUCACCCCACGCCACCACAUCUCCCUCAAAGAGUCCACCGGCAAGCUCACCGGCAUGAAGUACCGUCACUCCCCAGGGAUUUCUGACCUCAGACCAGCCCUGUCAUUUCUAGAGAUGAACAUUUUAGUCAUUUUGUCUGCUUGAGUACUCACCAGAUAAAUCAAACAAGUACUUUGAGGAUGGUGGGUCCAUCAGCACCAUUAUUUUUAAUCUGUUGUUUGUAUGAGACAUCAUAUGGCAGUCUCCUCCUUACAGCGCAUCCUGAUGUUUGUAAGGGUCUCUAACCAAGUUUUGAAGAAAAAAAAAGAACACAUUUCUACUUCCCUGUGUUCUGUUCCAAUUGGUUCGUGUGAUAUGUAGCUGUUUGAAAGGAAGAACACGUCCUGUGUGUCGCCCUCUAAUCCUCUCCAGACAGAGUGUUGAGUUGUUCCUCCCCUGAACUCAAAGACAUCAUGUACAGUGUUUAUACAGCUUCUGUCUGAUGAAUCGGACCACAAGGUGCCCAUCAAAAAUAACACUGUAAUCGAUCACAAGCUGGUGUUGUUGUUAGUUCAUUUUAAUUAGCUUAAAAUUUUUCGAAGUUGACUUCAAUGUAUAUGAGUACUCGACUAAGUGUACAGUAGGGUUGCGCAACAGUAUAUAUUUAUUUAUUUGUUUUUCAGUGUUUUUCACUGAAAUUCCUUUUGUUUUAGUUUCUUUUAAAUAUUUAUAUUUAGCUUUUUAAUUAUAAUAAUUUUAACUGCAUUAUUAUUAGGUUACUCUGUUAAUAUACCAUAUUUUAUAAAAAAAAAUCUUCUAGCUGAUAACUGAUAAAUGGGCAGUAAAUUCAAUUUUGUCUAAAAAUAUAUUACAAAUAAAAUACAAUCAGUUAUUUGUGA